AUGCGCAUCGCCUGUCCUCUCUUUGCCUCCCUCCUUGCCCUUGGCGCUGUUUCAAAUCCUGUCCGGAUUCGCGAGGACUCGGGCUCGGGGCUUCGUCUCAUAUGCCCAGGGCUAAACACCCAAGACAGAGGCUGUAUCCGCUACACCCGCGGGUUCGAUGUCACAGGAGUCGUGACCGAAGUAGACCUGACCUUCCCGCAGGUUCGGACGGAAUGCGACUGUAUUCAGGAAUGUCUGAACCGGCGAGACACCUGUGCGAACUACGUCUGGAAAUUCUCCACGCCCGAGUCUGUGAAUAGUGGCCACCGUACAUGCACACUCUACUCCGAUUUCAACCUUCCUGCGGGAGUUACACUGCAGUUUGACUUGGCAAGCCCUAAUAACACCAAUAUUAAUGCCGAGGCGAUUAUCGCCAACGGGAACAACCCCCACGCGGGAGGUCUCGUUCCUCAGGCCUUUAAAGAUGCCAAUCUUGAUACCGAUCCCGAUUUCGAUGCUGUAUCUGGCCCCGUUUGGACUCUUGCUAAUGGGCAAGUCCAGUGCUAA